AUGAUAUUGUAUACUCAGGAAGGUGUUACAGGUCCAUCAAGUGUAGCUGUGAGUGUACGAUGUGAUCGAAUAGACGCCAAUGAUCCUGGGUUCAGUAUUCCUAUUAAUAUCAGAGUCACUGAUGUGAAUGAUAACGCUCCUGUUUUUGUUUCAAGUCCAUACUAUCUUAACAUUAGUGAGCUUAGUCUGGUGGGAUCUGUCGUCUUUACUGGAAUAGCCGCAAUAGAUAUAGAUCAGCCGGGGCCUUUUUCUACUGUUGAAUACUACAUCCCCCCUGGACCAUUCUCAGAUUAUUUGGCGUUUGAAAAUCCUCUGGAGGGUCGGCUUAUUCUCACAAAGGAAAAAGAUUUUGAAAAACUGGAAAAAUUUGAAAUAAAAAUAGAAGCCAGGGAUCAGGGAUCUCCACCCCAGAUAAAUGUGACAACUGUACAUGUCCGGGUACUGGACGCUGAUGACCAGAAUCCUGGUUUCUAUUUUGACCGGUACUCUGCCCAGAUACCAGAUAUGCCCGGGCAAGGGGUAAAACUGCAAACCUCUCCACAGAAUAUCCAAGCUUUUGAUAAAGAUUUAGGUGUCAGUUCUCCAGUCUUUUACACUUUCCAGGGUUCCGGACCAGAAUACAGAUAUUUUGAACUAAACCGUAACACAGGCAAUAUCUACAUUAAGGGUUCUAUCCCUAGAACUGAGUUUCUGCAGCCCACGACCCUGGUUAUAAAGGCUACCCAGUUUGACAACCCUGAUAGAUAUGCAGUAACUACACUUACUAUUUCAAGGAAUGGAGAUGGUUACAGAAACCUCAUUUUCGUUGAGAAUAGUUACUCUGCAAGGGUUCUUGAAAAUACACCUUUAAACAGUGUUGUAAUAACAUUAGUUACAAACAGACCAACAGAUAGUUUGGUUCAGUUCUACAUAGAACCUACAGACCUUCCAGGGAAGGAGUUUUCAGUGACGGACAGAGGAGAUAUUCUACUGAGAGAGAGAUUAGAUUUCGAGGUUAAGGAAUUCUUUUCAUUCAGGGUUACAGCUAGCGAUGGUAGACAAAAUGCUACAGCCAGUGUUCAUUUCUUUUUAAAUAGGUUUCGGUAUACUCAAUAUGAAUUCUAUGUAUCUAAACCAUCUAUAUCCGGUUCUACGAGGAUUGGGAAGAUAGAUGUUUAUGACGGAGAUAAAGAUGAUAGAAUAUCUCUAGAUCUGCGUGGACCAGACGCUAGAGUGUUUGGGAUAAGUCCCAGUGGAGAUCUUUUUGUCAGAGAUUUACAAUUUCUAAACAGUACAGAAGCUCAUCUGCUUGUCGUUGCACAAGAUUCAGGUGUUCCUCCUCGCCAAGCCUCUGUACCUGUUGUUGUCAGAUUCUCUAAAACUUUAGUUUCAGCUCGGAAGGUAGAUGACGAAGCAACCCCAAGCUCCUUAAUCAUCUGGGUUCUCAGUCUUGUUAUUGUUCUCUCCACUCUAAUCAUUACUUGUCUAAUCAUCUACAUCUGCAGAAACAGAGGAAACUUCAGCGGAGGUCGUCUGCAAUCCAGGAAUUCUGGAAAUGAAAAUGUGACCUAUCUUCAGAAAUACCCAGGCGGGGGUAGCAGCGGGGCAAGCUUUUCUAGUCUAGGGGUCAGCUCAUCUAGUUUAUAUAAACAAAGAUCAGACUCUGGAAGUGAACUAAAGGAAAUAAGAAACUCUGUUUCACCAAACCAACGAUCUGAAAGAUCCACAGGAUCUAGACGACAUCCACCAGAUUUACAAACAAUGCACGAUCAAUCCUUUAUUUUUAAACCAAUGAGGAACGAGAUUAGUCAGCUGCCAAUCAUAGGGGAGGAAUCAAUGUCGGCAAUCAAUCAAUCUAUUAAUCAAUCCCAUGGAUCUGCUGCCUCUGUCAACUCAAGGAACCAAGAACUGGUUUUGAAUGAGUCCUCGGAUGGAUAUCUAACUCCGAACCCGGUUCAGUCAUCCAAUUCGUCCAGACACAUGACAGGAAGCCUAUUCAUGAACUCAUCCAAAGAUCACCAAAGACCCUCCAGUCAGGAAAAGACAAUAAGAGCUGAAUCAACUCCACUGAAGUUGAACUCCAGUAAACCUAACAAAACACUAAACCAAACAAGACAAGAGGAAAAAGAAGGAUUAAAAAAUCCGCGAGUUUUAAAGGACUCUGAUAACCAAAGUUCAAAUUCUCAUCUGAACAAAAAUCAGCAAAGAGAUUCCUGCAGAUUUAGACCAAAAGCGGAUCAUCAGAAAUCUUAUCGCAGGGUUGAGAAACCUGAUGAGUCUGAUGGAAGUCAGUUAGUUCUAAACCCUUUCUCUAGUAAUGGCAACCUAGGUCUUCUAGCAAUCUCAGAUGUGAGAAGGUCAAGUUCCCCAAGUGAGUCCAAUAUUACCAGCGUCUCAGGAAGAAUGUACAAUCCUUUAAAUCCUUUAAGUGGGAGUAAGAGAUAUGAAAGAGCAUCUAGAAGGGUUAAUUCUGGUUCACCAAAUAUCAACGAGGUUGGAUUACCCCUGCAGUACAGUACAAGUGUACCGGAGCUACUGCAGUACAGUACAGGGGUACAAGAACAGUACAGAACCAGUGUACCAGACUUAAACUCAAACCUAGUAUCUGCUCUGGUGUCUAGUCCUUUAUACCAGAACCAGGAGCAGGCUAAUAAUCCAGUUCCUAGAAGCUUCUCAGAAUCCAGCCUUGUUCAAUCCAAAUCAAAAUCAAGUUCAGUUAAUCAAAGAGUUGAAUGGCCGCGAAGUUCUAUUAAUAAAAAGGUCAAGAAACUAUCCUGGGAUACUGGGGAGGUGUGCUAUGACAGGGAUAUGGAGACCUAUAUGACUGAUCUUAAUAUGGCAAUGACCCCUUACUCAAUAUCUGACAGGGAGAACAAUAAUACCCAAGAUAUUGCUUACUUCUAGCAGAUAAAUUUUUUUGUGAAAACUUUUUCAUAAAA